ACAAUACUCGGUGUGUUUGAGCGUUUCUGUGCUUGGAUGUAAAAGUACUCACUUCCGGUUAUGGCAGCGACACAAAGAGCAGUUUCAGUGUUUAUCUAAGAGAACGUAAACAACACACAGCCCGUGUAAACAGCUGGUAAACAGCUAGAUACAACAUCUAAAUCAGGUGUCCCAAAAGGUUCAUGCUUAGGUCAGAGGUCAGUGACCCCGCCACGCCCACAAAGGGCGCCAUCUCAGACUCUACAGGCUUCAGUCAUCAGGUUAAAGGUCACGGCCGAACAAACCAAAGGGAGAUGUUUACCCAUAAUGCACUGCCGCACAAACAGCUGUCAGCGUGGUGGGGAGGGUUGUUGGUCUGGGCUGGUUCUGCAGCUACGGAAUACCUGAGUUUUCCAGAGUCUGAUGGAGUGAAGAGUGGACCAGAACCUCUCCAGAACCACCUUUUCUUUGGAAGAUGAGCUGUCUAACUUGGACGAGAUGCCUUUGAUGAUGUCGGAGGAGGGUUUUGAGAACGACGAGAGCGACUACCAGACGCUGCCUCGAGCCAGAGCGGGUCAGCGACGCGGAGGACUCGGCUGGUUCCUGCUGGGGGGCUGGAAGCUCCUCUGUGGCAGCUGCUGCGACUGUCUGGCUCACGUGUGUUGGAGGAAGAAGGAGCUGAAGGCGCGGACGGUUUGGCUCGGAUGUCCAGAGAAAUGUGAAGAGAAGUUUCCCAAAAACGCCAUAAAAAACCAGAAGUACAACGUCUUCACCUUUGUGCCGGGGGUUCUCUACCAACAGUUCAAGUUCUUCCUGAACCUCUACUUCCUGGUGGUGGCCUGCUCCCAGUUUGUGACGUCACUAAAAAUUGGAUAUUUGUACACGUACUGGGCGCCGCUGGGUUUUGUGAUGGCGGUCACGAUGGUGCGGGAGGCCGUGGACGAGGUGCGGCGCUUCCAACGCGACAAAGAGAUGAACUCCCAACUCUACAGCAAACUGACAGUUAGAGGUAAAGUUCAAGUCAAAAGCUCAGACAUUCAAGUUGGAGACCUGGUUAUUGUUGAGAAGAACCAGAGAAUUCCUGCAGACAUGAUUUUCCUGAGAACGUCUGAGAAAACCGGAGCGUGUUUCAUCCGGACGGAUCAGCUGGACGGAGAAACCGACUGGAAGCUGAAAGUCGCCGUCGGCUGCACUCAGAGACUUCCUGCUGUUGGGGACCUGUUCUCCAUCAGCGCCCACGUCUACGCCCAGAAGCCCCAGCUGGACAUCCACAGCUUCGAGGGGAACUUCACCCGGGACGACUGCGAGCCGCAGAUCCACGAGAGUCUGAGUAUCGAGAACACGCUGUGGGCGAGCACGGUCGUCGCAUCAGGAACGGUGAUCGGAGUGGUGAUCUACACGGGGAAGGAGACCCGGAGCGUUCUGAACACGUCGUUCGCCCAGAACAAGGUCGGCCUUCUGGACCUGGAGCUGAACCGCCUCACCAAGGCCCUGUUUCUGGCCCAGGUGGUUCUGUCCGUCGUCAUGGUGGCGCUGCAGGGGUUUGUGGGUCCUUGGUUCCGGAACCUUUUCCGAUUCGUGGUGCUCUUCUCCUACAUCAUUCCCAUCAGCUUACGCGUGAACCUGGACAUGGGGAAGUCGGCCUACGGCUGGAUGAUCACGAAGGAUGAAAACAUUCCCGGUACCGUGGUCAGAACCAGCACCAUCCCAGAGGAGCUGGGUCGGCUGGUCUACCUGCUGACGGAUAAGACAGGAACUUUGACUCAGAAUGAAAUGAUCUUCAAGCGUCUCCACCUCGGAACCGUCUCCUACGGGACCGACACCAUGGAUGAGAUCCAGAGCCACAUCAUCCAGUCCUACGCUCAGGGGCCGUCUCAGCCAUCCGCCGGUGCCGCUGCAGGCGGGGCCACGCCGUCCCGGAAGCCUCAAACCUCCGGUCCGAAGAUCCGUAAGAGCGUCAGCAGCCGCAUCCACGAAGCUGUGAAGGCCAUCGCCCUGUGUCACAAUGUCACGCCGGUCUACGAGUCCCACCCGGGUGUGAACGGAGAGACGGAGUCUGCAGAGGCCGACCAGGAUUUCAGCGACGACAACCGCACCUACCAGGCCUCCAGUCCGGAUGAGGUGGCGCUGGUCCGAUGGACGGAGAGCGUCGGGCUGACCCUGGUCAACCGAGACCUGACGUCUCUGCAGCUGAAGACGCCGUCCGGUCAGAUCCUGUCCUUCCACAUCCUGCAGAUCUUCCCUUUCACCUCCGAGAGCAAACGGAUGGGAAUCAUCGUUCGGGAGGAGUCGACAGGAGAGAUCUCCUUCUACAUGAAAGGUGCUGAUGUUGCCAUGGCGACCAUCGUUCAGUACAACGACUGGCUGGAGGAGGAGUGUGGGAACAUGGCGCGGGAGGGCCUGAGGACCCUGGUGGUGGCCAAGAAGGGCCUGUCUGAGGAGCAGUACCAAGACUUCGAGAACCGGUACAACCAGGCCAAGCUGAGCAUCCACGACCGGUCGCUGAAGGUGGCGGCGGUGGUGGAGAGUCUGGAGCGGGAGAUGGAGCUGCUGUGUCUGACCGGAGUGGAGGAUCAGCUCCAGGCUGACGUCAGGCCCACGCUGGAGCUUCUGAGGAACGCCGGCAUUAAGAUCUGGAUGCUGACGGGAGACAAGCUGGAGACGGCCACCUGCAUCGCCAAGAGCUCCCAUCUGGUGUCCAGAAACCAAGAGAUCCACGUCUUCAGACCGGUCUCAAACCGAGGAGAGGCCCAUCUGGAGCUCAACGCCUUCAGGAGGAAACACGACUGCACGCUGGUCGUCUCCGGAGACUCCUUAGAGGUGUGUCUGCGAUAUUAUGAGCACGAGUUUGUGGAGCUGGCCUGCCAGUGUCCCGCGGUGGUCUGCUGUCGCUGCUCCCCCACCCAGAAGGCCCAGAUCGUCCGACUGCUGCAGCGGCACACGGCCAACAGAACCUGCGCCAUCGGUGAUGGAGGAAAUGACGUCAGCAUGAUCCAGGCUGCAGACUGUGGGAUUGGGAUAGAAGGAAAGGAGGGGAAGCAGGCGUCGCUGGCUGCAGACUUCUCCAUCACCCAGUUCAGACACAUCGGACGGCUCCUGAUGGUCCACGGCAGGAACAGCUACAAGCGCUCGGCGGCGCUGGGUCAGUUCGUCAUGCACAGAGGGAUGAUCAUCUCCACCAUGCAGGCCGUUUUUUCCUCCAUCUUCUACUUUGCUUCUGUUCCGCUGUACCAGGGUUUCCUCAUGGUCGGGUAUGCCACCAUCUACACCAUGUUCCCCGUGUUCUCCCUGGUUCUGGACCAAGACGUGAAGCCGGAGAUGGCUCUCCUGUACCCAGAGCUUUAUAAGGACCUGACAAAGGGCCGGUCCUUGUCCUUCAAGACUUUCCUGAUCUGGGUUCUGAUCAGUGUCUACCAAGGUGGAAUCCUGAUGUACGGCGCUCUGGUUCUGUUCGAGUCGGAGUUCGUGCACGUGGUGGCCAUCUCCUUUACGGCGUUGGUCCUCACCGAGCUGCUGAUGGUGGCGUUGACCAUCCGGACCUGGCACUGGCUCAUGGUUCUGGCCGAGUUCUUCAGUUUGGGUUGCUACCUCGCCUCGCUCGCCUUCCUCAACGAGUACUUCGGGAUCGGCCGGGUGUCGCCGGGAGCGUUCCUCGACUUGACCUUCAUCACCACGUGGCCGUUCCUGUGGAAGGUGUCGGCCAUCACCCUCGUCAGCUGUCUUCCUCUCUACAUCCUCAAGUACCUGAAGCGCAAGUUCUCCCCCCCGAGCUACUCCAAGCUGUCCACCUGAUCCCGACGGGUGGGUUCUGACCCUGACCCGUGCAAGUCGAGGUAACGGUGCAUCAGUCGUAAACUAACCGGGUCGGGUUCUGACCCAGACGGGUCGGUUCGGGUCGUCUGCCUUCUCUCAAACUCAUUUUUGUACCGUCUGGAUUUGACGUUCACGAGGUUUUUUAGGUGUUUUUUAUAAAACGUUUUUCCUGGACGAUUGAAACCCGACGAGCACCAAACCAGAACCAGCGCGAUCGGAUCAGCAGCUCUGGUGACCUCUGACCUCUGACGCCUGCUUCCUGGCAGCUCGCUUCUGGACCUGAGACUCGUCUGCUUUCUACUCCUGAGGACGAAUGAGUUUUAUCAUUCGCUCCUUUUACAUGGAAAACCGCCACGGAUGCUCUGGGACGAGAAAGGGGCGGGGCUUUUCUUCUGCAUCGCUCCAGAAAUCUUCUGAUCACAUUGCUGGAAGACGAGAAUGUAAAGAUUUCCUGAUUCUCCGAUGGGAACGAUGCGUCUGAGACGUGAAAUGUUGUUUUUGUACUUUCCUAAGCUGGGAUGAUGUUUCCUGUGGAAUUCCGUGUUGGUGUGAAGUUUUGUGUAUUCUGGCUUUCCUAACAGUGUUAUUUAUGGGAUGGUGGUGAAUAAAAACAGCUGUGAUGAA